AUGGAGUGGUCAGACCCUCCUCAGGCCCGUGAAACGGUGACAGGCUGUGAAGAUUACACCUGGUGCCCGGACCGCAUGGGGAAGCGCCUGCACCGUCCGUGGAGCACAUCCAGUGCCAGUGCUAGCCCAGGGGCCACGGCCUGCAGGGACAUCCCCUUCAAGAAGGACGAGGACCUCGUGCGGGAUCGGCUCCUCUCCUGGCAGCAGGUCUGCAGAGGUGGAUGGAGCCAGAGCUCGGAGCUGGUGGUCCCUGAGCAGCUCCAGGAUGGGGAGAAGCCCCACAAGUGCUCAGAGUGUGGGAAGAGCUUCAGGUACAGCUCCCAGCUGAGCAGGCACCAGAGGAUCCACAAUAAGGAGAGGCCCUGCGAGUGUGGGGAGUGUGGGACGAGCUUCAGCCAGAGCUCCAACCUUGUCAGCCACCAGAAGAUCCACACUGGGGAACGGCCCUACAAGUGUUCCAAGUGUGGGAAGAGGUUUCAGACCAGCUCUGAUCUCCUCAAGCACUAUCGGGUUCACACAGAGGAGAGGCCCUUCUGCUGCCCUGACUGCGGGAAGGGAUUCAGGCAGAACUCCCACCUCAUCACCUGCUCUCCUCUCCGGGGAGAGGCCCUACAAGUGUCCCCAGUGUGGGAAGAGCUUCUCACAGAGCUCUACCUGGGCCCAACACCAACGGAGGCACCGGUAAGGGAAGCCCUGUGAGUGCCCCGAGUGUGAGAAGAGCAAAACUCCAUCCCCCACUACAGGACCCACACUGGGCACAGCCCUGGUCACCCACAUUCCCUGUCAUCCAUGUUGGGAACACAGCUGGCUGCUUUUCCUUUUGUGUUGACCUUAAUUUUUUUCUCUUCUCCAUCCCUCUGCACUCCAAAAGCCAAGAGGGAUCCAUCUUUCACCUCAAAACCACUCACAUGCUACUGAAAACAACUGUAUUUUAAGCCAUAAAACACAAUCCCACCUCAAAUUGUUUGUUCCCACCUCAAAAACCUCAAUCCCUUGCCAAACUCUCUCGAUUCCAGAGCCUGCAGAGUGAGAUAGGGUUGGAGGAGCUGGGAGAAGUGGGAUCUCAAUUUGGAGCGGUGGGAUGGGGAUUCUGUGGGGCUGGGAUCUAUUUGAUAGCAAAUAAAACCUUCAG